AUGUCAUUAGAAUUUGUUAACUUUGAAAUCAUUAAACAUUUAAAACUAUUAGAGGGCCAAUACAUUACUUUUGAAGAUCUAUAUAACUCUACAGGUCACAAUCUAUAUAAUAAUCAUUUAUUAUUACAAUCACUCAAACAGAAUACAUUCAUAGAGUUUUUAAAUGAUAAAACACUUAGAUAUAUACCUCAGUACCAAGUAAAGAAUCAAAAUGAUAUACUAGAGCUACUCUCACGGCAACCAGAAGGCAUCUUGUUGGAAGAUCUCAAAGCUUCCUAUGCAAAUGCAGAAAACGAUGUCAAUAAACUAAAGCAGUCUAAAUCUAUCUACUCGGUGAUCUCGUCAAACUCUAAAUCGGAAAAGAUAUACUACAACGAUGAGAAAUAUAGAGUGCCAUGUAGCGACGAGCUGGUACGUCUCUGGGGAUCAGUGGAAGUGCCGAUCGAAGUCGAUUUAGAGAAUGUAAUGAGAGAGGCCGGCCUAACACCUGUGGAGAAAUACGAAACCACCAAAACAAUUAAAGUUAAAAACGUUGAGAAACAAGAGAAAAAGAGAAGAAUCAAAAAGGUUACAAAUACACACAUUGAAAGUUUUGAUCCUAAUCAAUAG